AUGUUGCCCCUUUCGAAUCUCUUCACUAACUACCCGAAUUGUUGCCCGAAGCAGCGGCCGGGGAUUGUGUGCACGCCCUGUGGAGAGAUCAACCAGACCGUGGGCCGAGGCCCUUUCAGUCGCUAUGGCAAGCAGAGGGCCAUGAGGCUCCAGGGCGCCGCAGCCGCAGGCGUCGCUGGCGCUGCCUAUGGCUAUGGGCAGGGAGGCUACGGCAAUGGCGGCAAUGGCGGCUAUGGCAAUGGCGGCUAUGGCAAUGGCGGCUACGGCAACGGCGGCUACGGCUGCUCUGCUGCACUCAGCAUCCGCGCCGGCGUGGGGCCUCCGUACCCAGGUCCCGAUGGCUGCGAUGGCCAACUGCCCGGGGUCUGCGCCAUCACCAGCUCCCCUCGCCUGUCAGCUGAGCCCGUGGGGGUCCGUGCAGGCCAGUGCGAAGUCAGCUCUCCUCCCUGCAUCAAAGGCCAGUACGUAGAUUACAAUGCGCUGAAGCAGCUCAUCAAGGCCGGCUGCACGCAAGAAGACUUCCAGAAGCUCUACGACAGGGAGCUCGCCAAAGUCUCCGCCAACCUCUCUGCCGGAGAUGCCUUGAGCCGUGACGCGAAGUAUGCGGUCAUCAACCGCCAGGCCUUGGACAAGAUCAGUAAGAAGUUCGACAAGCGCUUGAACGGUCAGAUUCGUGCUGCCAACUGGGUCACCACCAGCGCAGAGCUUGCCAAAGCCUUGGGAGGCCUUCAAAUCGAGGAUGCCUUCAAUCCACCCGACCUUGAGCCGGCUGAAAGAAAGAGCUCCUCCACCGGCGCCCUCAUCUUCUGUGCUGGCGCCUUCUCUGGGAUCAUGUCUCGCACCUUGACAGCCCCUCUGGACCGCAUCAAGAUCAUGAUGCAGGCCGGCAACGCGCCGAAGAUCGGAAGCCACCGCCCUGGACAUCGCUGGGACGCCCGGUCGCCCAAGCUCAGGGCGGCCGCCCGCGCCAUCCUGCGCGACGGCGGCCCUGGAGCAUUUUGGCAGGGGAACGGGGCGAACGUGCUGAAGGUGAUGCCCGAGUCGGCCGUGAAGUUUUUGGUCUAUGACAAGGUGAAAUCAGCCGUUGCCCACACGGAGACUUUGCUGCCCGUGUCCGAGCGGCUCGUGGCUGGCUCGGUGGCUGGCUGCAUCUCCCAGGCAGUCGUUUAUCCGCUGGAUGUAACGAAAACUCGGCUGGCAGCUGCCCCCGCGGGCACGUACUCCGGCAUCCUCGACUGCAUCCAGCGCACGGUGGCGCUGGAAGGCUUCCGAGCCCUGUACAAGGGAAUCGGGUCGGCCUUACUUGCCAUCGUCCCUGCAGCCGGCAUCGACCUCGCCGUCUACAACACCCUGAAGGUCAACUACGAGCAGCCUCGAAGCGGAGAACGCCGGGCCAUGCCGCUGGCGCUGGCAUUGUGCUUCGGCGCGGCAUCUGCUACUUCUGGGGCCGUGGUGGCGUAUCCGCUGACGGUCGUCAGGACUCGACUCAUCGUGCAGGGCAUGCCAGGACGGCCGCCAAGGUAUAAAGGCGUGGUGGACUGCAUCCGGAAGAUUUGGGUGAACAGCGGCCCGGCAGGGCUUUACCGGGGCCUCACGCCGGCGCUGUUCAAGACCAUUCCCGCGGUGAGCAUCGGUUGGGCUGCCUUCGAGUUCGCGAAGCGCGUGGCCGACAGCUUCCUGUAA